AUGUGCGCGCAAUGCAUUAUGGGGGAUGUAGUUCUACGUACACCCUUUGAUUUGGAUGCAUUAUGUAGUGGUUUUAAGAAGGAAUGUUGUCAUCCGCUGUCGAACUAUAUAGUUAGAACUACCACAGUGAAUACUUCAAGUGAACCGUGUCAGAUAUCCAGUCAUCGCAGUCGGAGCGCCACCGAAAAGGCGGCGAGCAUGGCGUCUCCUGGGGAUCGGUUCGAGUUUGCCAUCGACCGCGGCGGCACUUUCACAGACGUGUUCGCCCGCUGCCCUGGGGGCAAGGUGAGGGUCCUUAAACUGCUCUCCGAGGAUCCGGCAAAUUACAGGGACGCCCCGACUGAGGGAAUCCGAAGAGUGCUUGAGGAGGAGUGUGGGCAGUCCAUGCCACGCAACCAGCCCCUGGACACCUCUCUGAUUGGCUGGAUCCGGAUGGGUACCACAGUGGCGACCAAUGCGCUUCUGGAGAGGAAGGGGGAGAAGAUGGCCCUGUUGAUCACUCGGGGGUUCAGGGACCUGCUGCACAUCGGCAACCAGGCACGGCCUCGCCUCUUUGACCUGGAGAUAGUGACGCCUGAGGUUCUGUAUGAAGAGGUGAUCGAGGUGGAGGAGAGGGUGGUCCUGCAGAGAGAUGGCUGCCAGCUGCCCAGGAGGGAGGCCUUCCAGACAGUCACAGGCUCCACUGGGGAGAGGCUGGAGGUGUGGACCCCACCGGACCUGGUCCGGCUGGAGGCUGACCUGCGGAGGGUGCUGUCCCAAGGGAUCCGCAGCCUGGCCGUGGUUCUGAUGCACUCCUACACGUGGUCCUCUCACGAGGUUCAGGUCGGGGCUCUGGCACGGAGGCUGGGUUUCCAGCAGGUCUCCCUGUCCUGCGAGGUCAUGCCUAUGGUGCGGAUCGUGCCUCGUGGGUACACAGCCUGCGCCGACGCCUACCUCACCCCCAAGAUCCGGGAGUACCUGAGUGGCUUCCGAGCCGGCUUCUGUCAGGGGCUACAGGGGGUGCGUGUUCUGUUCAUGCAGUCGGACGGUGGUCUCACUCCCAUGGAGAAGUUCAACGGCUCUCGAGCAAUCCUGUCAGGCCCCGCGGGGGGGGUAGUGGGCUACGCGAUGACGAGCUACAGCCAGGAGAACCGGCAACCCGUCAUCGGCUUCGACAUGGGGGGCACCUCAACGGAUGUGAGCCGCUACGCCGGGCAGUAUGAGCACGUGUUCGAGGCCACGACGGCGGGCAUCACUGUGCAGGCACCGCAGCUCGACAUCAACACCGUGGCAGCGGGAGGGGGGUCCCGGCUCUUCUUCAGGUCCGGGAUGUUCGUAGUGGGGCCGGAGUCUGCUGGAGCUCACCCAGGACCAGCCUGCUACAGGAAAGGGGGCCCUCUCACAGUGACAGAUGCUAACCUGGCUCUGGGGCGCCUGCUGCCCUCGUUCUUCCCGCGGAUAUUCGGCACCUCGGAGGACCAGCCUCUCUCUAGUGAGGACGCUCUGCGCGAAUUACGCCUCCUCACCGCAACCGUCAACCACUUCCUGUCCACACAGCCCGGAGCCAGCCAUUCGGAGAUGAGCGUGGAGGAGGUCGCCAUGGGAUUCAUCCGCGUUGCCAAUGAGGCCAUGUGCCGGCCAAUCAGAGCACUCACACAGGCGAAGGGUCACGACACCUCCCAUCACGUACUGUCGUGUUUCGGAGGAGCCGGGGGGCAGCACGCGUGUGCCAUCGCCAGGGCUCUAGGCAUGAGGACCGUCUUCAUUCACAAGUACGCAGGAAUCCUGUCUGCAUUCGGGAUGGCUCUGGCAGAUGUGGUUCAGGAGGUUCAGGAGCCCUGCUGUCUGCUGUACCAGGAGAGCAGCUUCACUGAGCUGGACCGGAGAGUGGAGGAGCUGAGAGGGAGGUGUGAGGAGGCACUGCAUGGGCAAGGGUUCACCAGCUCUGAGAUCAGCACAGAGGUUUUCCUGCACUUGCGAUACGAGCGUACGGACUGCGCACUCAUGUGUUCCGCUAGCGGUUACCCCGGCAACAAGGAGUCCUGCAGCACAGGAGACUUCAGAGCUGCAUUCACUGACCGGUACCGGAAGGAGUUUGGCUUCACCAUCCCGGAGCGGCCCAUCGUGGUGGACGAUAUCCGGGUGCGAGGCACUGGCAGGACCAGCAUCGACCACCAGAGCAGAGUGGAGCCCCGUGGGACCGAGCCACGCGUGGAGAGGGUGACGCAGUGUUACUUUGACGACGGUUACUUGGAUACCAAAGUGUACCUGCUGGAGGAGCUGUCAUGUGACCACAGCAUCCCGGGGCCGGCCAUCAUCAUUGACAAGAACAGCACCAUCCUGAUAGAGCCGGACUGCCAUGCUGAAAUCACCCAGUCUGGGGAUGUGAGGAUCGCAGUGGGCACAGGGAAGCUCCGGGCUGUGGGCACUGAGCUCGACACCAUCCAGCUAUCCAUCUUCUCACACCGCUUCAUGAGCAUCGCAGAGCAGAUGGGUCGGAUCCUGCAGCGAACCGCUAUAUCCACAAACAUCAAGGAACGGCUGGAUUUCUCCUGUGCACUGUUCGGACCGGAGGGGGGGCUAGUGUCCAAUGCACCCCACAUCCCUGUGCAUCUGGGAGCCAUGCAGCAGACAGUGCAGUACCAGAUUCAGGAGCUGGGCACAGAGCUGCAGGAAGGAGACGUGAUUCUCAGUAAUCACCCGUGCGCCGGGGGCAGCCACCUGCCUGACCUGACUGUCAUCACCCCUGUGUUCCACCCUGGCGUGCCUCGUCCCGUGUUCUUCGUGGCAAGCCGUGGGCACCACGCUGAUAUCGGGGGCAUCACCCCGGGCUCCAUGCCCCCCCACUCCAAAUCACUGCAGGAGGAGGGGGCUGUCUUCAUCUCCUUCAAACUGGUCAAGAACGGGGUCUUUCAGGAGCAGGCUCUGACAGAUGCCCUCAUGGCUCCAAGUAAAUUCCCAGGCAGUUCUGGAACACGCAAUCUCCAUGACAACCUCUCGGACCUGCGGGCUCAGGUGGCAGCUAAUCAGAAGGGGAUACAGCUGGUGGGGGAGCUUAUUGACAGCUACAGGCUGGAAGUGGUGCAGGCUUACAUGGGACACAUACAGAGCAAUGCAGAGCUGGCAGUCAGGGACAUGCUGAAGGAAUUCGCCCAUCGCCGUCGGCAACAGACUGGCUCUCUGGAGGUGGAGUCAGUGGAUCACAUGGAUGACGGGACACCAAUCAGAUUGAAGGUGCUGAUUAAUGAGGAGGAGGGCAGUGCAGUGUUUGAUUUCUCUGGGACGGGCCCUGAGGUGUUUGGGAAUUGCAAUGCCCCUCGAGCGAUCACUCUGUCCGCUCUCAUCUACUGCCUGCGCUGCAUGGUGGGGCAAGACAUUCCCCUGAAUCAGGGCUGCCUCACUCCCAUUGGAGUCCUCAUUCCAGAGGGUUCUAUCCUGCAACCGUCUCGAAAUGCCGCGGUGGUGGGCGGGAACGUGCUGACAUCACAGAGAGUUGUUGAUGUCAUUUUCAAAGCCUUCGAAGUGUGUGCUGCCUCUCAGGGCUGUAUGAACAAUGUGACCUUUGGGAACGAGCGCGUCGGAUAUUACGAGACAGUGGCCGGCGGUGCAGGGGCGGGGCCUGGCUGGCAUGGGCGUGGCGGGGUCCACAGUCACAUGACCAACACUCGCAUCACUGACCCAGAGAUACUGGAGAAAAGGUACCCGGUGGUCCUGCAGCGCUUCUCGCUUCGUCCUGCCUCUGGGGGGAGGGGGUGUUUUCGAGGGGGGGACGGUGUGAUUCGAGAGCUGCUGUUCAGAGAGGAGGUCAUCCUGUCAGUGCUGACGGAACGCAGGGCCACACAGCCGUACGGACUCAAAGGGGGUGAACCAGGAUCGUCGGGGCUCAAUCUGCUAGUGUGUGCUGACGGACGCACCCUCAACCUGGGAGCCAAAACCUCCAUAAGCGUCAAGCCAGGGGACAUGUUCCAGCUGCAGACCCCCGGGGGAGGGGGUUAUGGGAGCUGCGAGCAGUUAACCCCCCCGGGACCCCUCUCCAAGAAGAAGAAGAAAGCGGAGAGCACCUUCGCUGAGCGCGGCAGUGUGUUUGAAUACAGCCGCACUCAGGAGGCAGUGUGACUGACCAAGAGCUGGGCGGUGCUGGAGAGGCUCCUGUCCCGCUCCGGACAGCCACAGCUCUCGAUUAUCUAUUACACAUGACAGGUUACACUCAUUAACCUCAGUGCCUCCUGCUCAUUGGCAGGCGCGUCCUCUGCCCUGAUGCCUGGGUGUACAGACCCCAUUAGGACCAAUCAAGAACUAAGGCUUGAAUUUAGUCACAGUUCAUAGUGCGGCCACAGCUAUACUUUAUAAUAGUUUUAAUUUAAUCUGCACCUAAGUAGUGAAAGAUUAUUAAUAAUCAGGGCUUGUGAAUCCAGCAUUCUUGGUAGAAUCGUGCUUCUGAUUCAUGAAAUCUCUGCACACAAAAGCAGUAAACAGCUUGCUUUAGGAACUAAAUCAAAUGAGGUAGGGGUGGUAAAGCUAUAAAACUAUAAUAUCAUGAUUUGUUAAUGUUAUAAAAAAUAUGUUGUUACAAAAGUAUUAGGCUUGCCAGAAUAUUGAUACUGAAAUUACAUUUUCAUUUGUGUGAGAAAUUGUUCUACUUGUAAAAUAAAAUUAAAAAGCAAUAUAAGCGCUCUAUCCUGGUAGCCUUUUAGUGUCCUAGUUUGCUGUACUA